UGGUAGCACAUCUCUCCUCAUACUCUCUAGAUCUCAUAAUGACUCCAAGCACGACCUCCGAAACGGCCCCGUCUCAUUCUCCGAGACAAACUGUGGCCAUGAGAAAAGAAGCACUUGAAUUGCGAAAGACGCUGAAACCGUUGAUGGAAAAGAGAAGGCGCGCUCGCAUCAAUGACAGCCUUAACCAACUGAAGGCGCUGAUUCUUCCCCUAACAGGAAAAGACAAUUGUCGCUACUCCAAGCUCGAAAAAGCCGAUAUCUUGGAGAUGACCGUGAGAUUCCUCAAGGAAAUCCCAGCCUCUUCACCAAAAGAUCAGACUGAGAGCUUCAAUGAGGGCUACAAAGCUUGCCUCCAGCGCGUUUCCACGCUGAUCCCCAAAGUCAACCUGGACAAAGAGGCCAGCCAGCGGGUGAACAACUUCAUCAGGCAAUCUGUGCCUGUUGCAUCCUGUCAGAACUGUUGCGCCCAGAGCUCAAGGAUGCUCCCGCAAAUUCAGCAGAGGCUGAGCAACAAGCUAUCAGUCCCGACCGGCGACAUGCAAGGCAUCAUCGCUCCAGUUCCCAGUCGACCACAGCCUGCGCAACAGCCAGCCAAUGCCUGCAUGUGGAGACCUUGGUAG